AUUUUUGUUACUUGGUAAUGUUAUGUGGGAAUCAUAAUAGAAAAAGAGGAAUAAAGUGCAUUUUUUAAACAUUCAAUAACUAUGUAUAAAUAGUAAAUAAUUUUUUGUGUUUAAAAUUUAAGAUAUCAAACUCAUUGUAUAAUAUUUCUAAAAUAAGUUAGGUAUUAACAUAAACAAUGAAUAUAUUGAAAGCAAUUGAUGAAAAUGUUAAGCACAUGGAUUUGAUAACAAGGUAGUAUAUAGUAACUUUUUAAGGCCGAAUGCUACACCAGGACUUUGGUUAUGUUUAUUACUGCCAUUUGCUUAUUUAUCAAAUACUUUUAGAAAUCCAUAUAGCUCUCAAACUUUCGAGUACAAAAUGACUAGAUUAGCAUCAAUUGGAUUAUGUAUGCAAUCAGUUAAUUUUUUUUUGUAUGUCAUUUUCGGCGGCCGUCGUUUUGUAAGAAUGAUACUCUCUUUUGUACCUGGAUUUUUUACAGCAGCAUUAUUUUGUAAAUUUUUACAUCAAAACCUUAGUGUUAGCCUCUUUUGGGGUCAUUUAUAUUGCAUAUCUUAUCAAUACGCAUUUAUAAAAUUUAUUCGAAAAUUACCAAAGUGCUUUACACUUGGGGAAGCAGCUCUUGUUUCUCAGGGUUUUACUUUGUACCUUUUUACAACGAUUCUUCAGAUUCCAUAUUUCAUAACAAACCCAGCACACGAUGAUUUCAACAAAAUGAAUUCUAUUAUGAUGGAAGGUAUAAUUUGUGUAUUAAUUUUCGUUUGGAUUGUAUCUACAAUAAAAAUUUUCCAGAAAACUAUUUUAUUUUAUUUUUUGUUACUGUUUUUCAUUUGCAUUAUAUUUUGCAUACCAGUAACACCAGACCUACCAAUUGUGGAAGUGUUAAAUUUUAUAUUAUCUGAUUCAAGAAGAAUUUUCAUAAUUAUAUUCUACUGUGGAAUGACAGGUUUAAGUAUUGCUACUGUUGCAUGGCAAGUCAAUAAAUCAGAAAAAGCUACGACAUCGGUUCGUAAAAUAUUUCACUUUUUAUUAGUUGUUGUGUACAUACCGGGUCUUCUCUACCAAUGUACUUUUUUAUAUAUAUCUACUGGAGUAGCUUUCUGUGCAAUUAUUUUACUAGAAUUUAUGCGCGUGUUUGAAAUAUAUCCUUUUGAUAAAAUUUUGAAACAAUCGUUUAAUGUAUUUGCCGAUGAAAAAGAUGCUGGUAGCGUAGCCUUAACACCAUUUUAUUUACUGGUUGGUUGCUCUGCACCUUUAUGGAUAAAUUCUAGUACAUGUGGAGUUGACAAUAAUUUUAUUGCUCCAAAUAGUUUAUUAAUCUUAAUAUCUGGAGUGUUAACUGUUGGUAUUGGUGAUACAGCGGCAAGUGUAUUUGGGUCAAAGCUUGGACGGCAUAAAUUACCAAAUUCAGAAAAAUCAUUUGAAGGAUUAAUUGCUAACAUAAUAUUACAAGGACUUACAGUGGCCCAACUAUUUUCUUUAAAUUUAGUUGUUUUAAAUAAUAUUCAGAUUUCAUUAACGGCAGCCUCUAUAAUAUUUGUAGCAGUUAUAGAAGCCUACACUGACCAAGUAGACAAUAUAGUCCUUCCUUUAGUAUUUUUUAUUUUAGCUAAUUUUAUAUGAUUAAAUUUAUAAUUUUAAUUGUUAAACUGUUAAACCGAAUUUUGAUUGUUAUACCUACGUAAUUUAUA